UCUGAGGGGCCAGGGCGUUAACCUCCCCUUCUCAUUCCACAACCCUAGCUCUCCACUUCUCUCUCAGUGAUUUUUACCCUACGUGAUUAUUUACCACCCGGUUCAUCCCCCGAGUCCUCUCCGUUACGGUGGAUUCAUGCUCAGCUCUCGCCCUCCUCGGUCGCCAUGCAGAACAACCACCAUAAGGAGCGCCUCUACAAAAUACUGGUUAUAGGAGACCUCGGUGUCGGGAAGACCAGCAUCAUCAAGCGGUAUGUGCAUCACAACUUCAGCCCCAACUACCGCGCCACCAUCGGGGUGGACUUUGCCCUCAAAGUCCUCACCUGGGACCAGGAGACGGUGCGUCUGCAGCUGUGGGACAUCGCAGGUCAGGAGAGGUUCGGCAACAUGACCCGUGUGUAUUACCGUGAAGCCAUGGGUGCAUUCAUCGUCUUUGAUGUUACACGGCCGGCCUCCUUUGAGGCUGUCACCAAAUGGAAGGAGGACUUGGAUUCAAAGCUCACACUAGCCAAUGGGAAAAAUGUAGCCACUGUGCUUCUGGCUAACAAAUGUGACCAAGGCCAGGAAGUACUGACCAAUAAUGGAAUAAAGAUGGACGAGUUCUGCCAGGAAAAUGGCUUUGUGGGAUGGUUUCAGACCUCUGCCAAGGAGAACAUCAACAUAGAUGAGGCAGCAAACUGCUUGGUGAAACACAUCAUUGCAAGCGAGAAUGACAUGCUCCAAUCAGAGGUUCCCGACACAAUCAACCCUCAAUUAGAGAAAGACAAAGGCGGGAAUUGCUCCUCUUGCUUUCGAUCUCAGUGAAAAUGCCAUUUGACGGUGGGAUGUCCUUGUUUCGAGAGUAGUUUCACACAAAGCUAUAUCCGUUGGGACUUUUUUUACAGGCAGAGGGUACUGGUGCCAGUUCUUUUCUUGUUUGGAAUCCUGGGGGAGGGGAAGAGCUGGCAAAGAGGCAGUUGGCUCGCGAAUGUGAACUGGAUAGAGUGAAAAAGAGAGAUAGCUGCAGCUGUGGCCACUUGUCAGAGGCAGGGUCACCCCUGAGCAUCUUCAAGCGUUGGCACAAACUCUUUGGUUAUCAUGGUGACACAUUUAACAAGCAAAUGCCCAGUGAGGUUGUAGCGAACCAGAGUGUAUUUGUACUGAAGAUCUGUGGAGCCAAUUAUUUCAUACAGACUGUGGUGGCUGUCUGUCAUUCUCCUGCCAUACGUCCACCCCUGUUUGCCCUUCAUCCCUUUUUUGUGUUCCUCUAAAGGGAAUUACUGAAACAAUAUUUGGACUUUUAUUAAUCAAGUUUGAGCGAUCCAGGAAAAGCAAAAAUACUUUGAAAUAUACAAAACCCUGCUACUUUACACAAUGAUCUGGUCAUUAUUUACUUUAUAUCAUUACUUUUAUUCCAGCAGGAAUACUGGCACCAGUAAUGCCAUGUAAAGCAUAUGAUUUGUAUGUAACUAAGGUGCAUUUUCUAACAUACCCCAUUUUAUUGAAUGUCUUCAUCAGAUAAUCUUCAUUGUAUGUUAUUUAUAAGUGCACCAAAGAUGCACACUUUAACUGUUUUCUCACUGAGGUAAACAUUCAUGCAUUAUGAUGGGGACAUAUGUGAAAUUCUUUGUAUUAAACAAAUCUGAUGUACAUCAAAGACUUAUCUGUAUUUGUUAUAAUUCAGUGGUUUUAUAUUAAAUGUCUCUCCCACUGUGAAAUAGUUGUAACUUUUGUAAUUCUGACUUAAAUGCAAAUAUGUAUAUGGCUAUGUACAUGUUAUACACAGCGAACUAAGACAGAUAUUAUAAACAUACAAAUGUGUUAAAUGUUUUCAAAGUGUUGAUGCCAAAUAAAUAUUUU